GGCGCCUGGGAGACCCAACUGCGUGGUCUUCUGCGACGCGCGCUCGUCCUGCGUCCCCGCGUCUCCGCUCCAGCCCCGGCCGCGGACCCCGGGGGCCCCUCGCCGCAGCCCCGCGCGACAGGCGGCUCCUCCUGCGGGCGCCCGAAGCCAGGCCGCAACGUGGUCCCUUGUGUCCCGGCGAUCCGUUACUUGGGACCGUCACGCGGCUCUUCACCCGGCCUCCUUCCCCGCCUUGGAAGGAGGCAGGAUGAGUGCAGGUUUUUUCUCGGUUUAAGGUAGUGAAGCUAUGGGGUUACGGGGGCCGGAUGAAGCCUCUACAGCUUCCUCUUUCGGAACUCUUAGUGGAGGAGACCCCACGCUGUGCGGAACUUUCUCUGGCGGCUACACAUAGUCUCUGCCGCCCGACCCUGAACCUCCUCCCCACCCCUCCACGGGGUCUCUAGCUUUCUGGCUUCCAGGUGAAGAGACUCAGAAGCUCCAGGGCCAAGCUCCCUCUCCGCAGUGGUCCUCUAUAAAAACCAAAGUGCCGCCAAGCAGAAGGGAGAGGAUUUUACUGAGCCACUCAGGGAUCACACGUUGCCUUUCGCAUCUUCUGCCUGGUGUGUGAAGGACCCGCCUUCAGAACUAAAAGAGCUCCAGAUACUGGCAGAUCCUAGACUCCGGGCUUUGGGAUCUAAAUCAGUUUGAGAAAUCUAUCCUAUUACUUGUUACUCUUGAAUUUGACCCAGGGCCCUUCCCUUUUACAAACCAGUUCUGCCCCAGAGAGGCUGCCAGGUAAAGCUGAUCUGAGCCUGGUGUAGUCACAGGUCCAGGUUAGCUGUGAAAAUGGCAACAGGUCGAAUUGCUGCUUUUCAUCUCUUUAUUAAUAACAUAAUGGGCUGUGCUCUGGAGUCCUCCUUCCAGCCUACGUUCCUAAGUGGCUUUCAUUGUUUGCUAAUUCCCUGUGCUUGCUGCUGCUCCAGGCCAUUCUGCCCUCAUAUUUUCCACUUGUGGGUAACCGUAAAGUGGUUACACUGACUCUCUGCUCUCUCUGGGUGGAUGGAAAGGCUUUUGUUCCAAUGCCAUACCCUUGCUCCGUAAUUUUCGAAGAUGCAGCAAUUUUAAGCUCUGGCUUUCAGGGAGCCAGGAUCUGAACUUUUAACCCGAUGCCAUCAACCCAGAAGUUGUCACCUUACCAGGAAUGCCUCCCAGCUCCUGCAGUGCUCAAAGGGAAACAAAGAAGAGGGUAUGGAGGCAAGCUUUUUAUCUGAGGGCAAGAACAGGGAAGAACUUCCAGUAGAGACUUCUGGCAAAAUUGCCCACCUGAGAAAGUACUGCCUGGGAGAAAACUGGUUUUGGGGAGCGCCUAGGUGGCUCAGCAGGAAAGUUCCAGCCAUGGCCCUGGGGCUCUUCCGGGUGUGUCUGGUGGUGGUGACAGCCAUCAUCAACCAUCCGCUGCUGUUCCCGCGGGAGAAUGCCACGGUCCCCGAGAGCGAGGAGGAGAUCAUCCUCAAGAUGCAGGCGCACCAGGAGAAGCUGCAGCUGGAGCAGCUUCGCCUGGAGGAGGAGGCGGCCAGGCUGGCGGCAGAGGAGGAGGCCCUGGAGCGGCUGGCGGAGGAGGGCCAACAGCAGAACGAGGCCCGCACGGCCUGGGACCUGUGGAGCACCCUCUGCAUGAUCCUCUUCCUGGUGAUCGAGGUGUGGCGGCAGGACCACCAGGACGGGCCUUCCCCGGAGUGUCCUGUUGGGGACGAGGACGAGCUGCCCGGCCUGGAGGGCGCCCCGCUGCGGGGCCUCACCCUGCCCAGCAAGGCCGCGCUCGAGCGCUUCUCCGAACGCUGCAUUCGGGGCGCCACGGCCGAUGCGGCCCGCACGCGAGAGUUCGUGGAAGGCUUCGUGGAUGACCUGCUGGAGGCCCUGCGCAGCCUCUGCAACCGGGACACGGACAUGGAGGUGGAGGACUUCAUCGGCGUGGACAGCAUGUACGAGAACUGGCAGGUGGACAAGCCGCUGCUCUGCCACCUCUUCGUGCCCUUCCUGCCGCCAGAGCCCUACCACUUCCGCCCAGAGCUCUGCUGCGCCCGCCGCCCCGUGCCCUUGGGCCGCCAGGGCUAUGGCCGGAUCGAGGUGGUGCGGGCCACCGAGGAUGCGCGGGGCUGCGUCUGCGGCAAGACCACGCUGGGGGAGGACAUGCUGUGUCUCCUCCACGGCAGGAAUGGCCCGGCGUGGCCCGGCAGCGAGCCGGAGACCCUCCUGUGCGCUGGAGGCUCCCCGUACCUGGACACGCUGCGGGUCAUGACGUGGUUCCAGACGGCGCUCACCAGAGCCUGGCACCGCAUUGCCCACAAGUACGAGUUCGACCUGGCCUUCAGUCAGCUGGACUCCCCGGGCUCCCUCAAGAUCAGGUUCCGCUCGGGGAAGUUCAUGCCCUUCAACCUGAUCCCUGUGAUCCAGUGCGAUGACUCGGACCUGUACUUCGUCUCCCACCUUCCCAGGGAGCCGUCCGGGGAGACCCCGGCGUCCAGCACCGACUGGCUCCUGUCCUUUGCCGUCUAUGAGCGACACUUCCUCCGGAUGACCUCGAAGGCGCUGCCCGAGGGGGCCUGCCACCUCAGCUGCUUGCAGAUCGCCUCCUUCCUGCUGUCCAAGCAGAGCCGCCUGACUGGCCCCAGCGGCCUGAGCAGCUACCACCUGAAGACCGCCUUGCUGCACCUCCUGCUGUCCCGGCGGCCGGCCGACUGGAAGGCCAGCCAGCUGGACGCUCGCCUGCACGAGCUGCUCCGCUUCCUGGAGAAGAGCUUGCUGGAGAAGAAACUCUAUCACUUCUUCAUCGGCAACCGCAAGGCGCCCGAGGGCAUGGGACUCCCUGAGGCCAUUCGCAGGGCCGAGCCUCUCAACCUCUUCCGGCCCUUCGUCCUGCAGCGGAGUCUCUACCGGAAGACGGUGGACUCCUUCUACGAGAUGCUCAAGAAUGCCCCGGUGCUCAUUAGCGAGUACUCCCUCCAUAUCCCCGCAGACCAUGCCAGCCUGCCCCACAAAGCUGUUAUCUUGUAGGGCGGACAGGACCCGGGGGCCAGGACGCAGGGCACCCCGUGGGCCCACACCUCUGGGGGCACCU